UAUUGGUUAAGGCUUACGGUAUUGAUUGUGUGUGUUGCUCUCUCUAUAACACAAAUCGACUGUCAAGUAUAUCAACUUUUACCAUGGAAUGAUUGGAACUUCAAGUUAGUGGAUCUCUGCUGUGCCGUUGUUGAAUAUUCUGUAGUUGAGACAAAUAUAUUAUUACACGACUCUGAGAAACUGGCCUUUGCAACUGCCCUUUUAAAGAAUACCUUGCCACGUAAAAUGACGGUGGAGAAGCCAGCCCCAGAUGCACGUACGAGCAGCAGCUUUAACAUUAUGCGACACCUGGCGAUCUUGGGGGCGCAUCCUGCCGCGAUGGCGUACUCUAUGACCACACUGGGUGCUGGUAUGAUGAACAGCAUAUUCAACUUCUACUAUGUUAAGCUCUUUUUGGACAAGUACAAAAUACCAGAAGGAGCUUUCUACCAGUCCCAAGUGGUGUACAUGAUAUGGAAUGCUGUAAACGACCCCCUAUUUGGCUACCUCCAAGACAACUCCCGCGUGGCCUGUUGUUCUCGACGACGGCUCUCCAUACUCUAUGGUGCUCCCUUCUAUGCCCUGGCCUUCCUGUUGGCCUGGUUCCCAUGGCGAUUGUAUACCUCAGGUGAUUGGCUCAGUGGCCUACACCUGGUGGUGACGCUGUGCGCUUUUGAUGGCAUGCUGACUUUUGUCCUAUUGGCUCAGUGUGCUCUUUUUGCAGAGAUCUCGAGUCACCACCAGAGUCGUCUCAGACUCAUCAAGUACAACCAGGUGGCAUCUCUUGUGGGUUCCUCCAGUGUUCUGUUCUGUGGCCUUCUCUCCAGCAACAUGGACUACUUUCCAGCCUUCCAAGGCUUCACCGUCCUGGUAGCAGUCCUAGCCUGCGGCUGCAUGAUGUACACAGGCGUCCACAGUGAGAGUCGCUUCGAGGGCAAAGGCUCUACUUUUGGGUCAUCGGGGUCAGAUGACCAGAGCCCAAGCCAAUCAGCACUUUCCUUCUCCGCAGUGACCUCUAUGACCUGGCAAAUUCUAGGCAAUAGGGACUUCCAGCUGUUUGUGCUCAUGAACUUCUUCCAAGUCUUCAUGCUAGCCUUCUGUAAUAACUUCACCAUGAUUUUUGCCGAGCAUCUCAUCCCUCCUGAUGUUCUGCCUUCGCUAGCUAAAAGCUUCAUGUAUGGGGCUGGAUUCAUCUGCCCACAGAUGUUGGUGCUGAGCAGUCAGAGUCUGCUCCACAGCCUUGGAUACUACAAGAUCAUCCUGUGUACCUUCUACAUAGAGGCCGGCAUGGCUGUGCUCAUGCUGUUGCUGGGUCCUCACCAUUACUAUAUCCUAGCACUCUUCCUUACCACUAACAUGGUCAUUAUACAGGCAGCUUUCAGUCUCUUCAACCUCCCUCUGGCAGACAUCAUCGACUCAGACCUGCAUCAACACAAACGCAGCUCCCCACUCUCCUCAAUGGUGUUUGGGACCAAUGCUCUGUUCACCAAGCCAGCCCAAUCUCUGGCCCCUAUGAUGGUGGUCACCAUUCUAAACCAGUUUGGUUAUGAGGAGCUAAAGGAGGCUGGGAGCAGAGCAAGUCCUGGUGCCUUGGAGUCCCUCCACAGUGUCAUGUUCUACCUGGUGUGUGUGCUGCCCAUGUGUGUGGCAGCUUUACAGGCCCUGGCAUGGAGGCCAUUCUCAAUACGAAACAGUCACACAGUGGACACAAAGUAUAUUGAUGGAUAAACAGGAACAAAGUUUUAUUGGAUUUUUGGGUAAAGGGUAAAGUAGCAGGCUGGGUUAGGUUGGUCAUUGCAGACAGGAAUACAUUUAUGUCAACAGUGGGCCUUGCAUGUUGGAAAUAUAAUUGUAUGUUUGUCUUUCAGUACUGCACCACUCAGCCUAUUGUUUUCUCAACCAAAUGAAUGUAAAAUGUAAUUUCAUUUUGUCUUUAUGCUAUAAAAAGGCAUUGAGGAACUAUCAUAAUAUUGUGCCUGUCACUUAAAGGUUAUGUCCAAGUUAUUGUUUUGAAAUCGAUAUGCUCUGAAUGUUUUCUAUCAAUCUUUUUGUACUGUCUCUAUUUUAGUUAGUAGAAAGUCUACAUUCUAAAGUCAUGAAGGGUAGAAGCAUGAAGUACUUUCAAUGUUUACUGACAUUCAGUUCAGCUGAUGGUAUUCACACAUUUUGAUAUAUGUCAUCUGCUGGAUUGUUGGACUGAGGACCUUGAACCUGCAAAGGGAUAGGGUUAUGUUGUUUAGUUGUAAACCCAGGAAACACCAUGCUGUAUUUCUUACAAUACAUUACAUUAAUGCUUGA